CACAACACACCGCGACGCAUCGGUCACACGCGACACCGUCGUCCGGCCCCGAUUUCGUCUUGUGUUUUAUUGGCACCUAUACCUGUGCAUUAUUCAAGCGCUGCGACCGACAACUAACAGUCCGCAUUACGACGAGAGGAUGUACGCUCUGGAGGAAGAGCACUACGAGGAUGACGACUCGGAAGAGAUCUCGUCGAAGGUGUGGCAGGAGGCCUGCUGGAUCGUCAUCAACGCCUACUUCGACGAGAAGGGCCUGGUUCGCCAGCAGCUCGACAGCUUCGACGAGUUCAUCGAGAUGUCGGUACAGCGCAUCGUCGAGGAGUCGCCCCAGAUCGAUUUACAAGCCGAAGCUCAGCAUCGAACCGGCGACAUCGAGACACCCACGCGACACCUCGUCAAAUUCGAGCAGAUCUACCUGUCGAAGCCGACGCACUGGGAGAAGGACGGCGCACCCUCGCCGAUGAUGCCCAACGAGGCCAGACUCAGGAACCUCACCUACUCGGCGCCGCUCUACGUCGAUAUCACCAAGACUGUCAUCAAAGAGGGAGAGGAACCGACGGAGACGCAGCAUCAGAAGACGUUCAUUGGCAAGAUCCCAAUUAUGCUGAGGUCGAAAUAUUGCUUGCUCGCCGGGCUGUCCGACCGAGACUUGACGGAGCUGAACGAGUGUCCUCUGGAUCCUGGAGGGUAUUUUAUCAUCAAUGGCUCGGAAAAGGUGUUGAUUGCCCAGGAGAAAAUGGCAACCAAUACGGUGUACGUGUUCAGUAUCAAAGACGGCAAGUACGCUUACAAAGCUGAAAUACGAUCGUGCUUGGAGCACAGCUCGAGACCGGUAUCGACUUUGUGGAUAAAUAUGAUGUCCAAGAGCGGCGCCGCGAUAAAAAAAUCGGCGAUCGGCCAACGCAUAAUAGCGAUCCUGCCCUACAUCCGCCAGGAGAUCCCGAUAAUGAUAGUCUUCCGAGCACUCGGCUUCGUUGCCGAUCGCGACAUCCUCGAGCACAUAAUCUACGACUUCGACGACCCGGAGAUGAUGGAGAUGGUCAAGCCCUCGCUGGACGAGGCAUUCGUCAUCCAGGAACAGAACGUCGCGUUGAAUUUCAUCGGCAGCAGGGGAGCCAGACCCGGUGUUACGAAGGAGAGGAGGAUCAAGUACGCGCGAGAGAUUCUGCAGAAAGAGACGCUGCCGCACGUCGGUGUCAGCGAUUUUUGCGAGACGAAAAAGGCCUACUUCUUAGGAUACAUGGUGCACAGGUUGCUGUCGGCGUCGUUAGGUCGCAGGGAACUAGACGAUCGCGAUCACUACGGAAACAAGCGUCUGGAUUUGGCUGGACCUUUGCUGGCUUUUCUGUUCAGAGGUUUGUUCAAAAACCUGAUGAAGGAGGUUAGGAUGUACGCGCAAAAGUUCAUCGACCGAGGGAAAGACUUCAACCUCGAGCUGGCUAUAAAAACGAAAAUCAUAACCGACGGUCUGAGGUACUCCUUAGCGACCGGCAACUGGGGAGACCAGAAAAAAGCUCAUCAAGCUCGAGCCGGAGUGUCUCAAGUAUUGAACAGACUAACCUUCGCAUCAACGCUUUCUCACUUACGACGCGUGAACUCGCCGAUUGGCCGAGAUGGCAAACUGGCCCGUCCCAGACAGCUUCACAACACCCUCUGGGGUAUGUUGUGUCCAGCAGAGACGCCCGAAGGUCAAGCCGUCGGCCUCGUCAAGAACCUCGCCCUCAUGGCUUAUAUCAGCGUCGGCUCGCAACCGUCACCCAUACUCGAGUUCCUCGAGGAGUGGUCCAUGGAGAACCUCGAGGAAAUCGCACCUAGUGCAAUAGCCGACGCUACGAAAAUUUUCGUUAACGGAUGCUGGGUUGGGAUUCAUCGAGACCCCGAUCAGCUGAUGGCUACGCUCAGGAAGUUGAGAAGGCAGAUGGACAUCAUCGUGUCGGAGGUGUCCAUGGUAAGGGACAUCAGAGACAGGGAGAUCAGAAUCUACACAGACGCUGGGAGAAUCAGUAGACCGCUGCUGAUAGUGGAGAAUCAGCUUUUGCUACUGAAGAAGAGACACAUCGAAAUGCUGAAGGAGAGGGACUACAACAAUGACGGCUGGCAAGAGCUCGUGAGUCAGGGAGUGGUCGAGUACAUCGACACCCUCGAGGAGGAAACUGUGAUGAUAGCCAUGUCGCCGGAGGAUUUGAGACAAGAGAAAGAAUACGCUUACUGCACGACCUACACCCACUGCGAAAUUCAUCCGGCUAUGAUACUGGGCGUCUGCGCGUCUAUCAUACCGUUUCCCGAUCACAAUCAGAGUCCAAGGAACACCUAUCAAAGUGCCAUGGGAAAGCAAGCCAUGGGCGUCUACAUAACGAACUUCCACGUGCGCAUGGACACCCUAGCCCACGUGCUCUACUAUCCUCACAAGCCCUUGGUAACCACGCGUUCGAUGGAGUACCUUCGAUUCCGAGAACUGCCCGCCGGGAUCAACAGCAUCGUCGCUAUCCUCUGCUACACAGGCUACAAUCAGGAGGACAGCAUCAUCCUCAACACCAGCGCCGUCGAACGUGGUUUCUUCCGUUCCGUGUUCUAUCGCUCUUACAAAGACUCGGAGACGAAGAGACUGGGCGACGUCGAGGAACAGUUCGAAAAACCCAACAGACAGACCUGUCAGGGGAUGAGGAACGCGAUCUACGAUAAGUUGGACGAAGACGGGAUCAUUUCACCGGGGAUAAGGGUAUCCGGGGACGACGUUAUCAUUGGCAAGACUAUGACACUGCCGGAGACGGAUGACGAUUUGGACAGCUCUACGAAGCGAUUUACUAAACGCGACGCCUCGACGUUUCUACGCAACAGCGAAACCGGAAUCGUGGACCAAGUGAUGCUCACACUGAACAGCGAAGGCUACAAAUUCUGCAAGAUCCGCGUACGCAGUGUCAGAAUCCCUCAGAUCGGCGACAAGUUCGCAUCUCGUCACGGCCAAAAAGGUACCUGUGGUAUUCAAUACCGACAGGAGGACAUGCCGUUCACCUGCGAGGGUAUGACUCCGGACAUCAUAAUCAACCCUCAUGCCAUUCCAUCCCGCAUGACGAUCGGCCAUUUGAUCGAGUGCAUCCAAGGCAAGGUAUCGGCCAAUAAAGGUGAGAUCGGUGACGCGACACCUUUCAACGACGCCGUCAACGUCCAGAAGAUUUCGACUUUGCUGAUGGAGUACGGAUACCAACUACGUGGAAACGAGAUCAUGUACAACGGACACACCGGUCGCAAGAUUAAUGCUCAGGUUUUUCUUGGACCGACGUACUAUCAGAGGCUCAAGCACAUGGUGGACGAUAAGAUUCACAGUAGAGCCAGGGGUCCUGUGCAGAUUCUGGUCAGGCAGCCUAUGGAGGGCAGAGCCAGAGACGGAGGCUUGCGUUUCGGUGAGAUGGAGCGCGACUGUCAGAUCAGUCACGGAGCCGCCCAGUUCUUACGGGAACGUCUGUUCGAGGUGUCGGAUCCGUAUAGGAUCCACGUGUGCAACUUUUGCGGACUGAUCGCCAUAGCGAAUCUUAGGAACAAUACCUUUGAAUGCAAGGGAUGCAAAAAUAAGACUCAGAUUUCUCAAGUCAGGCUGCCUUACGCGGCGAAACUACUGUUCCAGGAACUCAUGUCGAUGAAUAUCGCGCCUCGCCUUAUGAUUAAUUGAAAGAUGUGUAUGUUUACUUGAUAGAUGACUCUUAUAUUUUUCUAUUGCAUUGUUGAACUUUGAGAUUUAAUGUUAACGCGACGAUAGAUGUGUAUUAUCUUGCAAUGUUAAGAGAAUUUGUUUACUAAAGAAUAAAAUAUUUUUUUUUAUAAAAAAAGAAUCUACUUCUAUACCUGAUAGAGAGAGAAGAGCGGCAAUUGUGUAAUAAUCGUAAAAAAUUAAUAAUUUAUUAACGAUAAUGCACUCAAACCACGCAUCAAGCAAAAUGUACAAAUUUUGGCAGUAUUUACAGUAUCAUUAUAAUACAUAUUAAUAAAAAGUACUCCGAUAUGCAUAAAAA